CCGGCUGCCGGGCACACUUCAGCUCAUAGCCUCGCAAAGAGAACAUCUCUGAGAGACAGUACAUCACAACGAAAACAACAUGACACCAAGCGUCGCGUCUGAGACAAACGAGUCUCUCCCCUCAAGGUCCACCGUGGCACAGAGGAAAGAAGCAAACGAACUGAGAAAGACUCUCAAGCCCAUGUUGGAAAAGAAAAGGCGAGCACGCAUCAACGACAGCCUUGGACAUUUGAAGACCCUUAUCCUGCCUCUUGUUGGCAAAGACAACGCUCGUUACUCGAAACUCGAGAAAGCAGAUAUUCUCGAGAUGACCGUACGAUUCCUCACAGAUCUUCCUUCAACUCCAGUCAAAAGUUCAACAGAUAGUUUCAAAGAAGGGUAUAAAGCAUGUCUCCAGCGAGUAUCCGCUUUGCUCCCUAAAACGAACCUGGACAAAGACGCCUGCCAGCGUGUGAAUGAGUUCAUUCAGCAGUCCAUGUCUACGUCUGCCACCCCAGCCUGUCAGAACUGUUGCGCCCAGAGUUCCAAAGCUUUCCCCCAGAUUCAACAGAGACUGCGGAGCCUCAAAGCCAAUCUUAGCUCCAGAGUUGAGAACCACUCACGCAGCAGCGGUUCUCUUCCUAACCGACCACAGCCAGUGCCACAAGCUGUAAAUGCUAACAUGUGGAGACCUUGGUAGAUUAGACGUUGUUUCUUUACUUUAAUGUGUAUUAUUUAUUACUAAGAAAAUGAAUGCAGCUAAUACUUAGCCUUAGAGAUUAACAUGAAGAAAUUGAGUGAUAUUGGGAAUAUUAGCAUUUGACUAACAAUGUACAUACUCAAUGAAAAUCCAAAAGAGCACAGAUCUGAUGAGAAAACGAACACUAAGAACUUUAUUAAAUGCAAUCCUCUUUGGGGUUUCAAAGAUAUUGGUUGUAGACAACACAUUUGUAAACCCCAAGGGUUAUUUUGUUUGAGGUUUGCACUAUUGACUUGAAGUAUUUUGGUCUGUGCAAAAGACUGUCUGUAAACACUGUGUGUUGUAGUUGGCAUAUUAUUUUAAAACAAGAAAACAAUUGUACUUCAA